AAUAACAGUUACCAUGCUAGCAUCGGAAUGGCCCCGUACGAAGCUCUAUACGGUCAAAAGUGUAGAAGUCCCUUAUGUUGGGGUGACAUUGUCGAUCAGGUGGUUCUAGGACCACAAUACUUGCAAGAUACCAUAGAGAAAGUCAAAGUCAUCCAAGAGAGGAUGAAGGCUGCCCAAGACCGACAGAAAUCAUAUGCCGAUCUUGGGAGGAAGCCAGCUGAAUUCGAGAUAGGGGAGAAAGUUCUACUCAAAGUCUCUCCUACAAGGGGAGUAAUGAGGUUCGGGAAGAAAGGGAAACUAAGCCCGAGGUUCAUCGGACCCUACGACAUCCUAGAGAAGGUGGGAAAAGUGGCAUAUCGAUUAGCUCUGCCCACAGAGUUGGAUAAGGUAACAAACGAUUUUAAAACAAGAUACUUUUCAACGAUUAGAUUUCAUCCUUAACAUACAGAGUUGUGCUAGGUACAUAACGUCUUUCACGUAUCACAAUUAAAGAAGUACGUUCGAGAUGAGUCACAUAUCAUCAAUCCUGAGGUGAUUGAAAUGGAUGAGGCGUUAUCCUACGAAGAAAAACCCGUAGAGAUCCUUGAUACUAAAACCCGAGAGACGAGGAAGAAGAAAGUUAAGAUGGUAAAAGUACUUUGGUCAAACCAUUUGACCGAGAAUGCAACAUGGGAGACAGAAGAGGAUAUGCGUAAACGGUAUCCUGAACUGUUCAACUAAGAAGGAGAAUUCAAGUGAAGACCAAGCUAGAGAUUUUAUUAAGAGGAUUAUCGCAAUUUAAGAUGAUUAUGAUUAUGAAGAUUGAUGUACUUGCUGUCCGAGUGUUCCGCUAGUCGCAUACGUUUGAUUAAUUAUCGUUGUUUAAAUUUGUAAUUCAUAAACUUUGUCCUAAGACCCAUUUCAUUGUUAUUUGAACUUAUGGUGGAUAGCCUGUGCACUCAAUCAUGUAUAGGUUGAGUGUGGCGGUGACGCACCUGUUUUUCCCUUAAAGACUUCCGCUGUAUUCUAAAUAUGUUUAAUAAUAAAGAUGGUUU